CAUUAUUUUUUUGAGUGAAAUUAUUCCCGUCAGAUUAGUUUAUAAUCCUGAAAAGAGUUGCAAACUAUCAAAAAAUAUAUAUUCACUCGUGCGGAAGUGGGAAUGACGUCAGCAAGGAGGAAGAAGCAGAAUUUUCUUCCGCACUUUCGCCGACGCAAAGUGAACUCCCAACGCUAACUCGAGCCUAAAACGAGCGUCAAUUUGAAACAUUAUGGAAACCAACAAUCACGAACCGACUUCGGAGUCGUUGGCAUCCGGCGAGAGUAACGGCCCCAAGCAGAGUCUGUCCCCGCUGCGCCUGGUGGUCCUGGGCUGGCGCUGGCCCGGCAAGAGCUUGACGGCCAACACCAUCCUGGGCCGCGAGGAGUUCCGGCUGGAGCGCGCCGCCGAGUUCUGCGUGACGCGGCACACGGAGGUGCAGGGGCGCCCGGUCACCGUGGUGGACACGCCCGGCUGGUACUCCUCGCAGGAAACGCCGCAGUCCUACAAGAAGGAGAUCGCCCGGGGCGCCACCCUGUGCCCGCCGGGCCCUCACGCCUUCCUGCUGGUCAUCCCCGUGGGCAUGUUCACCGAACUGGACCGCGCCCGCAUCGAGGAGCACGUGGGCCUGUUCGGGGAGCGGGUGUGGCGGCACACCCUGGUGGUGUUCACCUGGGCCGACGUGCUGCGGACCAUCUCGCUGGAGCGCUACAUCCGGCGCGAGGGCGCCGAGCUGCAGCGCGUGCUGGAAAAGUGCCGGCGGCGCUACAUGGUCAUCAACAACUGCGUGUUCGAGGAGCAGACACAGGUGGGGCGCCUGAUGGAGCGCGUGGACAAGAUAGUCGCCGAGGAAGGCGGGCACUACCUGCCCGAGGAGGACCACCCGGGCCUUGAUGAGAACCAGAACCCGACCGCAGACGCCGGACCCAAGGCCGACGUCGCGGUGACUUUAGACAAAGACGCGACAACGCUCCCUGCCGAGUGACGCGUCCCCGACGCUUUAGGUACACCCGUGCGAUCGCCGGGGCUAAAGAUGUUUUUGCCCAAGAACGCACGUAACCGUCAUAUAAAAAGUUUUUGGGAUGUAGCAAUAUUACUCAACACUAUAACCACACUAGAUAGAUAAGAUUGGCUCUAUUUUGGGGGGAAAAAAAUAUUGAAAUAUUUUUUAUUUAAAACUGGGAUUUAUUUUUGUAAUAUGACUCUUUUUUUUUUUUUUUUUAAUUUGAAAAGGCAAGAUUGACCCUUUCCGGGCAGGGGUUGCAAAUUUGCAACAGGUUUAGUACAAUCGUAAAUUUCAAAAAUCCAGAGUAUCAUUGUCUGAAAGUAUCAGAUUAUAAAAAAUUACAAAAUUUUAUCUGGUCCAGAGAGGGUUAAGAUUUAUCCCCAUAGUACCCCCCCAAAAAACAAAACUUUAUUAAAAUUUUUUUAAAGAACAUCCAACUUUUUUCCCUUUUUUUGGGGGGGGGGGGGUCAAAAACCUAGCAUUUUUCAAGGGUGGGGGGAGGUCAAAAGUUUCAAAGGCGUGUUGACCAAUCCGCCCACUAGGUGGCGCAAGGACUUGUCUGCUUUGUUCUGGUGACUGAUGACAAUCCCACUAGAUGAGGAUUGUGCAAGUGUACCUACUCAAGUGUUUCAAAGAAAUGGUCAGCGAGUUCUUUUCCAGCUUUGGGGCCCCCCCCCCAAAAAAAAAAAAAAUCACCCUCCAAAGAACUUAGAAGUGGUAGAAAACCAAAACGUUCACUUUUGCACUGUGUUGCUGCUUUUCUCAAGAAUUGAUGAGAAUGUUGUACAGAUUUGAGAGCUGUAAGUGAACUCUGACCCUUAUUUAUUGCUGUAGUGGACAUAUUUAAUGCACGGUUAAAAAAAAAAAAAAUCUUGUCUAGACAAUAAUGCCUUUUCUUGCUGUAAGAUUGCUCUACUUUCCCCCCCUGAAAAAACAUUUUAAAAUUACAUUGUAUCAACCGAGAAAUAAUUUUUUUUUUAAUUAAUACUUAAUUCGUCAUAAAACACUGGUGAAAGAUUGCUAUUUUUUCCUGUAAUGUAGAGAUGUAUUAAAUUUAGGUCAAAACAGAUGGUCUGUUACAAAAUGUCCCCUUUGGUGAAUGGAGUCAUUAAAUUGGUUUGAAAUAUAUUUGUCUACUGUUUUACACAGAAAGUGUAUUUAUAAUUUUUUGUGGCAUUUUUCCAAUUCAAACUCUUUGUAACAAUCGGCGUGACGACUGAAUGGCCUCUACAGCCAUGCAGUGUCUCAAUUCUACCUCAAUUCGUGAUUGAUCGGCAUAAGACUUUCCAAUUGAUUGAUCCAUAAGACUGUCAGUACUAUUACCGCUACCGAUUACUAUUAUUAUUAGUACUAAUCCCCUGCUGUUGUUUUGUACAAUGACUGCGGUGUCCAUUUUAGUGCCCAAAUUAUUUUUUAUGUACUUAAUAAAGCACUCUGAGCCCUUAAAUGAUCCCUUGUCUCAUUUGAUCAGUUACAUUUUUACACCUCUAAGUAAUAUUACUAAAAUUACUUGAACGUCAACGUGAAUGCUUUUUGCCGGCAUUUUCUUUUCACCCUGUCGAACGAGUCGUCCAUCUUAAGUGUUGUGUGAACGGCGCAAGCGCGAGACAACGCGACAAAAACAGGCCGUGUGUCAAUAGAAACCGGACGGUUCAAUAGAAACCAACAAAGAGAGGGGAAAAAAAAAAAAACAUCCACGCACCUGCAAGCGCUGUCAUAUUGUGUCAU